UUUGCCAGAUAAAAACUUAAUACAUAAAAGAAAUCAUUAAUCCAGUCUUAGUCAACUAAAUAUAGACAUGCGCAGACGAUAACUUUCUGAUAAGAACCCUUUUCAUCUGAAUUAAUAUUGAAAAGUUUAACCCUUUAUCAGACUCGCCGUUUCGUCUCAGUCUUCACAAACAACAAAAUGUGGCCGGACCGGAGUUUUACCUGGGUAUUGGUCAUCAUUGUCUCCACAGAUCUUGUUAGUGGAGGAUGCCAUGAAAAGUUCAAGGUCAUUUCCGGACACUCCGCCUGUCUAAGUAAAUCACCAAAGGUCAGCGUAUCCGAGGUACUUUCGUCAGAGAAGACAGAAAUCAUCACCCUGCAUAACACGUAUCGACUAAAAGUCAGCGACGCCUUGUAUAUGCAGAAGAUCAGAUGGGACGACGAGGUUGCCAUGGUUGCAAGGAAAUGGGCAGAGAACUGUCAAAUGAAUCAUGACAAGGGGUCGGUCAGGUACAUCCCAGGGCGGUUCUCUGUGGGACAAAACAUAGCUACAGGCAGCGCUAACAGUAAACGUAACUGGGCAUCAAUAAUGGAACUUUGGAACAAAGAGGGAACCAAAUUUACCUACGGGAGCUCUAACGACCUGGGCCAAGUUGGUCAUUAUACACAGCUGGUAUGGGCGGACACCUAUCUUGUGGGAUGUGGCUUCGCUCUCUGUGAUUCUGUACCGUUUUACGUCUGUAAUUACGGCCCCAGCGGAAACAUUGGCCAGAUCGACAGACCGUACAACAAAUCAGGAACCUUGACUGGACUGACUGACUGUGGAGGGAUUAGUUGUCAUGGCGACAGGCGACUCACCCCGGCGUGCGCGUGUGAGUGUGACCGUCAGCUCCACCCAGCGUUCACUGGAGGUACCACUUGUCAACUUGACUGCAGUGUUCAGGACGUACCUUUCACGUGCGGCCCAAGGGGGACAUAUAAACACAAAGAUUGUAGCCAGAUUUACGUCACAUUCUAUUGUCCACACAUGUGUCAAACAUGUCCUUAUGCUGAUCCGUCCUAUGUGUCUCAUUCAAGUGCAGGAACUCUCACCUUCAAAUCGUCAGUCGCGAUCGUCUUUUUUAUCCCGUUAAUGUUAAAAGUAUUUUGAAAGAAAUCAAACGGGAAGCGUUUGGCUUAUCGUCCCAAGUCAACAUCAAAAACUUAAUAUCAAGAGAAAAUAAAUGUCGUGUUUGUGAUAUCAAUAUCAGUAAAAAAAAGUACAAGUUUGAACUUGUUACCGGA